AUGUGAUGAAAAUUGAACGAUGUCAAGAUAUUAUUUUAACUCUCAAAAGAUUCGUUAAGCAAAGCCAAGAUACAUCUGGAAAAAUAGAUCAAACGGUGGCAUACUGACCUCGAUACUCACUAAAAAGGCGGCUGAUUUGACAGUUCCCAGAAAAGUACACAAUUCUUGGAGAACAUCAUCAAAAAGACUACCAAUCCUUCAGGAGACGAUAUUUUAAAGGACCCCUCAGAAGUAACGCAGACAUCAACUUUCGGUCCUUCCCAUGAAGCCAUGCAAGAAAUGUCAGAGAUAAUGGAUUUAGCUUAUGCUGACGACACAACAGGAGGGGAAGACGAAGAUGAUUUGAAGGAAGUCGAUGAUAUAAUACUUAAAGCAUCCAAAGAAUUAGAGCAGGUUGCCGAAGAAAAUCAGCAUUUGCUGGAACUUUUGGAAAAACCUCAAAAACAUCCAUUUGCACCAGAAGAAAACCAAACUGACUUCGAUAACAAUGUGAUAAAGCAACUGGAAGAUGCAGAGCGGAAAGCUAAAGAUACCGCCAAUAAAAUCUACGAAUUGAAAACGAGAGUAGGCGAAUUGCUGAAAAAAGAGGAAUUAAAUGAACCAGAAACCUUAGAACUUGACAUCAAAAAUAGAGAAUUGAAGGAACAAAUGAAACUAUUCGAGGAGAGAACUAAAAGAAUUCAGUACUUGAUUGAAAAAACAAACUUUAUAAACCAAGACCCAGAAGAAACUACGCAAAAGGAAGAAACAUCUUUCAAAAAACCAAAGGAACAAACCACUCCUAAAAUCCUAGCGUGCAACCCUGCCAUUGGUGAAAACGUGAAAAAAAGUUGUUGUUCUUGUUGCUCUGAAAAUAUACGCAAAAUUCCAAGUGUACCCACAUUCGCCAAAAAGUUAACCCAAAGCUAUAACAUGCAGGAGAAACUAGCCGCUGAAAACGCUGAUUUAGAAAGCGUUCGAUUCAAACUACAAGAGGAGCUACUGAACAAAGAUCAGUCCUUGGAAUGCCUCCAAAGAGAGCUAGGGAACUUACAAAACGAAAUGAGGAUUUUAGCAAGAGAAAAUAUAACUCUUAAUGAAAAACUCAUGAGUAUGCAACAGAACGAGAGUAAGGAGAGCAUCAAGACAAAACCUACUAAAUCCUUCAUGACCUCUAAGAAGCUACAAGAAUAUUCCGAUAAUACUUAUGAACUAGAAAAGCAGCUGAUGGAGAUGGAGAAUGAUGUCAAAUGUCUUCAUGAAGAAAUUUGUGCUGUUCAAAGAGAAAGAGAACAUCUAGAAAAACAUAGGAAAAUGAUGACGGUACCUAAAAACUACAUGGCACCACAUAUAGUCCCUGCCUUCAAUGCUCCAACACCAAUGCAUAACUCUCGCUCACAAACAUUGAAUAAAGGAGUACCGACACAGCUAAUUCAGGAGCUAUUCGAACAAUACGACAAACUAGAGAAUGAUUUAAAGUUUAAAAUAAACGGUGUAUUAACACUCAAGAAUGACUACGAAAAUCUGAAGAAAAUGACGAAAGAAGCCGAUGAAUACAAGAGGACGACGCAGGAAAAGGUUAAAAAAUGCGAAAAAAUAAUGAACAAAAUUAGAACAGAAAACGAGAUACCUGCAGAACAAGAGCACCAGAUCUUAACAGCCAAGAAACGCCUCAAAAAGGCACAAGAUACUCUUAAAGAAGAACAACAAAUUAUAAAGGACCAAAAAAAGCUUGUUGAAGAUAUAACAUCAAAAUUCCUAGAAGCUCAGCAGCAGAUCGAAGCACAGAGGCGAAAUUUAGAUGUUAAAUUCGAAAACACUGGAGACUGCAAUCUCAACUUAGGGGCUCAAAUCGUUACAAAUUUACACGAUAAACUGGAAGAAAUCAGUUUAUGAAUGAAUUGUCCUAAUUCUCUCUCUUCAUUUAAUUUUUAUACUGACUCUAAAAAUUUAUAAUAUAACCUGAAAAAUG